AUGACACGCUCCGCUGCAUCUAGGAAGAACCAGAGCAAUCGACAGGAGAAUGGCCUGGUCGGUCCCGGCAAGAAAGUAACCAAGCAAAAGUCAAGCGGCCAUCUCAACGGCUGUUCGGGCAACGGCUCUGCUACCGGUCCGGGCGCGUCCGCUCAUUUCGAUUUAUCCUCCGUGCGGUCAACUAGCGAUACGGCCGUCGCAUCUCCGACAGUUUCCGGCAAAGGGGGAGAUAGCACGAAGGCAGAUGGCAAUGUGCGUGGGAUAUUGAAUGGACAUAGCAAGGGUGGAGAAAUGGCAGCCGCGCAAGAAAACGGCGAUGUCGCCCAAAAUGGUGGCAUAGCAGGUCAUGCCUCUCGCAACGGAACCUCGAAACGAUCUGGAUCCAAUGCCUCGAUUAACCCGCUCCAGCUCGCAUCCACCAUUCUCAAAUCGUGCCCCAUGUACGACACCAUCGCCAUCUUGAUCUUUUUGCUACAGCUUCCACCAAUGGUCUUGACUCUGGUUCAGUUCUUGUUCGCCUCUUUAACUUUCAUGCCUCCGAGUGGCGCCGCGGCCGGUUCUUUAUCGUCGAACUUCGAUAUUUUUCAGGGUCCGGCUGGGACGCCAUCUCUGGGGACGAUGAUUGCGAUGGAUGGCUUUUGCAUACUUCUCUGGGGCCUCUUUAUGUGGACAUGGGCGCAAAACUUUGCCAUCGAUCUCGCUCAUGUCCAGGUUGCUAUCACCCUGGGUGGCGGAGGUUCCGGGAAGAAUGGUGGGGUCAAUGCUCUCUGUGUCGGAAUUGUUCUGCUUCUUCAUCUUGUUCGCAGUAAAGGCAUCCAGGACUUUGUCUUGGGUCAUCUUGUCUCUGCUAAACUGCUCAGUCCCGAUCUCCUCUCUCAAUAUUCGCACCUGCUGCCCGCCGAGUUCCGACGGUCCGAAGCACAAACCUCUCCGAGCUGGCUCCGCAGCCUUCUUGCAGUCCACAUCCUAGCACAAGCUGGAACCGCCAUGGCACGACGUUCGAUGGCCAAGAAUCGGUCACCGACCCCGUUACGGACCGGCAAGCGGGGAGAUACGGAGGCUUCUGCGGGGUCACAGGGACAAGCUGAUUCUGCUCUGGAAUCUGCUGCUAGUGUUUCGUCUUCUUUCGUGGGACCUGAUGGUCAGUUGAAAGACGGAAAGGAUCGCUUCACAUCAGCCAAGAAACGCAGACGGCAAGCCAAUCAAGUUCGGAGCCGACAGCCGUUCUGGGCUGCGCUCGCCAGUACAAAGGUCACGGUCAUGAGGGAAUAUGAACAUUCGCGGGCUGCCUCUAAAACAGCCCGCAAUCUCACAAUGACGGAGGAGGAUUUGCAGGGUGUUUCUCUCGACGACGGGUUGAUAUGGAUUACGGAUGUGGAUAGCUCUUCGAUCAAAUUCGCCGCAGGAGAAUUUACCGAUGACCCCGCUGUGUCGGGUUCCUUUGAAACCGGCCGUUUGGGGGAGACAUGGAACCGUUCUACGUCUGCGUCAACGGGGCCGAGCGUUGUCCAAUGGCGGGGCGAGAUCGCUGGACUGGCCCCCAACUGCGCCUACACAUGUGCAUUUGUACGAAGCGAUACCGACGAGGAAAUCUGUGCCAUGAGUGUCAAGACGCCUACGACAACUGACACAGAGCAAAUCAUUUCCGCGGUAUCGACACCCCCGCAGCCGACCUACCGUCCAUCAUCCCCCACAACGACCCUCAAGAACUCUAUCAGCAAUGCGGAAUCCAAGUUGAACGAAAAGCGCAACCGUCUGAAAAAGACGAAGAACGACCACAAAGCUGUUAUCACGAAAAUCCGGAAAGAACUCGAGAACUUCAACACUCGCCUCCACAGCGGAGGUGACGAGAGCCGCCAAAAGCAGCGUUCGCUUCAAUUGGAACGAAACAUCCGACAAACCGAAGAGGCCACUGCAGUGCUAGAGGUACAACUCGACACUAUGGGAAGUGUUCCUGAGGAGGAUAUGGAAGAGUGGUCGACGCACAAAGCGGAUUUCGAACGCGAGGUAGAGCUUUUCAAUUCGACGAAGGAAGAGGUUACUGCUGCUCGGGCAGCUGCAGCUCAGCAGGUGGCGGCACUGGAGUUGGAAUUGACUCAGGUUAUCCAGAAGCGCGAGCGUCUCCAGGGUCGCCGCACUCGGGUGAAUGAGCAGUAUGAGCGUAUCAUCUCGGCCAAUGCACAAGGGUUGAAUGAGAGAGAACGUCGGGCUGCCGAACAAUUUGCCAGAGAGCAGGACCAGUCAAAGAUGGAGACCAAUUUCCAUGAGCAAUUCGCGAGCAUCAGCCAAUCUGUACAGGAUUUCCAGCUGCGCACGAGUCAACUCUGGCAGCAGGCAUCUGCAAUUGAGCAGUCCAUUCAGCAGCAACAACAGCAGAUGCUCGUCGAGUCCGGUCCUCUCACCCCCGAAGGCAACUUGCCAGGCACCAAUCCUUUGCCUGAGACCAGUGGUCCGUCGUUCAACGUAUCUACGUCCACUGCACCUAGCGCUCGAUCUCUGUUGGGGGGUCUCGGCUUUCCUGCGAGGUCUAGUCCACUGCAGAUUUCGUCUUCGCCAGUGCACGAAAUGCCGUCAAAUCCAACUAGCCCAUCGCAAGACCUUCCCUUCCUCCCACAGUUUCCAACCUCUCCCGUCGGCAACGUGGGCUCAUACUUCGGGUCGGACAUCAACCACCGAGAUCGUUCGUUCUCCAACCGCUCUACUCGCAGCAGCCAAUACGGCUCUGACUUCUUGGACGCGAACCGCUUGCCACCUCUCCAGCUUGAUCUGGCCGAAUUACUUGGUGAAACCAAGCCUCGCCCUGGGUCCGAUGGAAAUGGUUUCCUGCAUCAAGGUGGCCGUCCGGUUUUGAGCCCUUUCCAGCGAGCAUUAAGUCGAGGUAGUGGCACUGGUAGUGGCAGUGGUGGUAGUGGCAGUGGAACUGGCAGUCCGCAUUCGUCGCGAGACUAG